AUGCUCACUGGCCAAGUGCAUUCACUAUCCGGUAUUGCUAGUGGGUGUCGCUCUUUUAUUCCCGCAUAUCUACAUCCACUAUCACAGCAACAUCUACAAUCUCAAGAUGAUCUUGUUGGCUCACCGAUAGCCUCUUCAAAAGUCUAUUCAUAUCUUGAAUGUCUAGAAAUUUCGCCAUGCAAUGGUUGGUUGUCAUCCAAUGAGACACUACGGGCUUUUACUUCAGAACGUGCCGUUAAUCUAUCUAUUGCUGUANCACUGGAGGUUAUUGAUAGUGGGUGUCGCUCUUUUAUUCCCGCAUAUCUACAUCCACUAUCACAGCAACAUCUACAAUCUCAAGAUGAUCUUGUUGGCUCACCGAUAGCCUCUUCAAAAGUCUAUUCAUAUGUUGAAUGUCUAGAAACUUCGCCUUGCAAGGGUUGGUUGCCAUCCAACGAUACACUACGGGCUUUUACUUCAGAACGUGCCGUUAAUCUAUCUAUUGCUGUACAUGAUGCUACUAAUGCUUACUCGCCUAAGAACUUUGAUAGUGGAUAUUUAGAUUUUCCCUUUGAUCAAGCCAUUCAAGAAUGGAUAUCACAAGGUGGUGAACCAUGGCACUUGAUCGAAAGUGUUGAUGGAUUUCAUAUUAGCCAAUGUGGACAUGCAAUACCAUUUGAUCAUGGUUACAAUCCAAUAAACCUGAUUGGUUGCCCCCGGCUAAUACACACACUAUCGAUAUUGAGCGAAUCUUUAAAGAUCAAGGUGAACACUAAGACUACUGCAUAG